AAACAUUGGAUUUCAUUUCUGCAUGCAUGUCGUGCUUUGGCUUUUUGCGGUGUUUUAUUUGAAUGAUUUUGGACGAGAAAGUUAUAGAUUUGAACUUAAAUUGAAUCCAGAUAUGCCACUCAAAAUCAACUUCUAACUUGGAAGUUCUCUGCCGCAAAAUGCUGAGCAAGCAGUACUUUCUGCUAACCAGUUUGAGUCGGAUUCAUGGAAGCAGCUGUUACAUCACCUCCAGUCGGUUCCUGGUUGCUGCAAAUGGCCCACCCGAUGAUUCCAAGCAUCCGAAACACGGAAGUCAGUAUGAAUACAUGACCCUACAGCAACCGGAAUCCAGUAGACAUCAAGCAGCCCGGUCGGAGAAAUCCGGAAAAAGUGUAGUCGUGAGAGUCGGUUUGCUGGAUUUGGCAAAGAGCAAACUUUAUGAAGCUCAGACUUUUUACGAUGAGUUCAGCGGAAUGUCCGAGGUUAAGGUGGCCCAGAAUAAGGUUAUAGAGAUUCAGGAUCAACUGCAGAUGGUUCAAGACCGGAGACGGCAUUUGCUUUUAGAAUUGACACUAAUUCGGAAACAGCUACAGGACAUUCAUGUGGAACUGCAAAGGGCCACUCGGGGGGAACACCGAUAUAUUGAACUUAUUAAAGAGGAGUUUGAUGUAAUGGCCCGGGAAAAGGAGAAAAGCCAAAUAUUCCAAAUCGUCGACCAGGAAGAGCGAGAUCUGUUUGCUCAUCUGACGUCGGCCGUCAAAACUUCCCACGAAAAGGAACGAACCCAGGCAAACAACGUGAAAUAUUGGUCCAUCAUUGGAUCCUGCGUCGGGGCACUGCUCGGGAUAAUUGCAACCUCCAUCAACUACUACUAUCGGAAUACUCAGUUCGAAACCAUUCGCCGGCUGGCUGGCGAUAGCGUCGAUAAGCUUGGAGAUGUCGAUGGCAAGCUGCUGGGACUUAUCAAAUCGGUGGACUUUGUCAAGGAGAGCAUAGAGCGGGCACGGUUCGAGGAACAGCAGCGAAGGCAACGGGAGGAGAAAGAGCGAAGGCAUUAUGGCCAGGCCUCUUCGUCCGCAGAGGGUUGGGGAAGCUACUUGAAGCGGAAAACUGUUGGCAUUUAUCGAUACUUCAUACCAAAUACCACUAACAAGAGGUGACGAAUUUUUCAUUAGACUUGAACCAAAAGCGUAAGUUGACUGAUGUUGCAAUUGUCUCGUUGACUUGGCUUUGCGGGAAUAUAAGUGUUAAAAUGUUAAUCUCUA